AUGAGCGUGCAAAAGGAUGACGACGGAUUCGUGACUUCUGUCGGCCCAUCCACUGGCGCCGUAGAGACUCUCGCCGCCGAUCUUGCAAAGGCACUCCCUACAGAGAGCGAAGGAUCCACUCAGGAUCCUAUUGGACUACUCAAGUCCGAAUUCGAGGUCGAAAUUACAUUGGCGGAUCAACAGGCCGACCCGAAUUCCCCACUGUACAGCGUCAAAUCCUUUGAUGAGCUCGGCUUAACUCCCGAGUUGGCAAAGGGCGUUCGCUCCAUGGGCUUUAUUCGGCCCUCAAAGAUUCAAGAGCGUGCGCUGCCACUCAUGUUAAACAACCCACCUCAGAACAUGAUCGCACAAUCGCAAGCUGGAACGGGAAAAACGGCAGCUUUCACUUUGGCCAUGCUCAGCCGGGUAGACGUCUCCAUUGCUGAGACGCAGGCUAUAUGUCUUGCGCCGACUCGAGAGCUUGCCCGACAGAUCAUGUCGGUCGUGGCUGAGAUGGGCAAGUUUACUACUGUAACGACCGGAUACGCCAUCAAGGAGACGCCACCCUCGCCAAAUGCCCACAUUGUCAUUGGUACAGCGGGCACGAUGCUCGAUCUCAUUAGCAAAAAGGUCAUCAAGCCCGAGACGAUUAAAAUCUUUGUCCUUGACGAGGCAGAUAACAUGUUGGAAAAAGGAACAUUGGGUGACCAGACUCUACGAGUCAAAAAUCGUAUGCCGAAAACGGUGCAGACGCUCCUCUUCUCUGCCACAUUUCCCCCGCAUGUCCGCGCGUUUGCGACCAAGUUUGCUCCGAGAGCCAACGAGAUUAUGCUCAAGACGGAGGAACUCUCUCUCGACAGCGUCAAGCAGUUUUACCUGGAUUGCGAUUCAGAGAAGCACAAGUUUGAGAUUCUCGUACAACUAUACUCUCUUCUUGUGGUAGGGCAGAGUAUUAUCUUCGUACAGCGACGCGACACGGCGGAUUCCGUCGCUGCUCGCAUGAUAGCAGAAGGCCACAAAGUCACUUCGUUGACAGGAAGUCAUCAGGCUGGAGAUCGUGAUCAGACGAUUGAUGACUUCCGAGACGGCAAGACAAAAGUUCUCAUUACUACCAAUGUGAUUGCGCGUGGUAUCGACAUUACUCAAGUCAAUCUCGUCAUCAAUUACGAUUUGCCACUGACGGCAAGUGGAGAACCAGACGUCGAAACUUAUUUGCAUCGUAUUGGCCGUACGGGUCGAUUCGGUCGCAAGGGUGUGUCGAUCAACUUUGUUCACGAUAGAGCGACGUGGAACAAGAUGCAUUUCAUCGAGACUGCAUUGGGGAAACCGAUCGAGCGGAUUGCCACGACGGAUUUGGAUGAGAUGGAAGCGAUUCUGCGGUCUGCUCUCAAAGACAAGGGAAAGGCUACGGGCUCUGCCGUCGUACCGAGACAUGGCACGCCUGCUGCCCCUAAACCUCUUAUAAAAGCGGUUACUGCCGAAGUAAAGAAGUCAAACCGCGUGUUCCAAAAUCAAGACCCAGUAUCUGCGAGUGACCUACAAGGUUUGGAGGAUGCGUCCAACUGGAACGGCUUGCUACUCAACGCACGAGGCGAGCGGGGGCCCCAGUGGGACGUGACGACUCAAAUGUAUCAUGUACAAAUUGGCACGGAAGAGUAUUUUGAUCCGACGCUAUUAGAGGACCCCCCGAAAACUCCGCCUCCGGAACAACUCAGUCUUCAGACAAAUGUUCAGCCGCUCCCCGCGCAGAUGACUCCGGCGCACGAUACAGCAAUGGCAAUAGACGCGAGCCCGACUCGGGGGUAUCCACCACAAGGGAUUCCAGGAGGGAUACCGAUGAAUAGACCCAUGGUACAUGGUGGAUAUCCGCAAUAUGGACAACCCCUUAACGGCGUUGGACAUCAUGCGCCGAUGGGACAGCCGAUGGCGAACCCAGGAGGAUAUCCUAUGCACCCGCAGCCUAUAUCUCAACCUGGAAUGAUGCCCGGGAUGAUGCCUCAGUACCCUGGGAUGCAGCAGCAUACACCCAUUGGUGGUUUGUCGUAUAACCCCGCGAUGCAGCCUAACCCAGCCAUGGGUCAGCCAGGAAUGGGUAUGCCUGGGUAUGGGCAUCCACCACCGCAACCUGGAUAUAACCCGAACCAGUUUGCGCGUGGGCCGCCUGGAGGUGCGGCUCCCAUGAGUGGCGCUUACGGCGGAAUGUACUAG